ACACAAAUCGGUGGUUGGAUUACACACGAGGAAUCAAAAUCAAUCAGAAAAGAAAUGGAAAAAAUUUCUUAUGGCUUUUGGCACUAUCCCACGUGGCAUUUUCAAUCCACACAGAACAGCUAAAUACAAUUUUUCUUCUUCUUCUUCUUCUUCUUAUGGCUCUCAACGCUUCGCCUUCUUCCACUUCUCUCCUCCGAAAUCUCGAUCACAUCUUACUCCCCUCUAAGCCCUUUCGCCAUGGCCGCCAAUUUACCUCCCGUCCGAGAACCUCCACGAUCGUCGCCAUGGCCCCCCAAAAGAAGGUGAACAAGUACGACGAGAACUGGAAGAAGGAGUGGUUCGGCGCGGGGUUAUUCUACGAGGGAUCGGAGGAGGUGGAGGUCGACGUCUUCAAGAAGCUCGAGAAGAGGAAGGUCCUCAGCAACGUCGAGAAGGCGGGGAUUCUCUCGAAGGCGGAGGAGCUAGGGCUAACUCUUUCUUCCAUCGAGAAAUUGGGGCUUUUCUCGAAGGCGGAGGAGCUCGGCCUCCUCAGCCUCCUCGAGAACGCCGCCAGCUUCUCCCCCUCCGCCCUCGCCUCCGCCUCGCUCCCCAUUCUCGUCGCAGCCAUCGCCGCCAUCGUCGUUAUUCCCGAUGACUCCGCCGCACUCGUCGUUCUUCAGGCGGUGCUCGCCGGCGCGCUGGGCGUCGGCGCUGUCGGGUUGUUGGUUGGGUCGGUUGUGUUGGAUGGUCUACAGGAAGCUGACUGAUUGAUCUUUUUUUUUUUUUUCGCUCUCAUUAUUUUUGGUAAUGUAUUUCUAGUGGUGGUGUUA